AUGCCGAGAGUACGGAGAUCUACAGCGAAGGUGCAGGAAGCUGAUGCUCAGAAGAUGGAUGAAGUUGCUGUUAACGUUUCGCAAGAACUCGUUGAUGAGAACAAUGAUGGUAACGUUACGAUUUUAGAGCAACUGAUCGUAGCUGAGAAAUCCAAGCACGCUACCGAAAUGGCAUUGCGAAAGGAGCUGAUUGAACUGAAAAAACAACAUCAAAUGGAACUACGGGAAUUGCAGGAAUCUUUGGAUUCCAUCACGGAAGAGAAACCGAAGGUUUCACGUCGCAUAACAAAAGAUCAAGCAGCGGCCAGGAAAACUAUUUCUUUGGCACUUCCCAAGUUCUGUGGAGAACCAGAUGUGUGGCCGUUUUUCAUCAGCAGCUUCAAAACAACAACGGAAGAGUGUGGGUUGAACAAUAUCGAGAAUAUGAAGCGUUUGAUGGAUAGUCUGGGUGGAGAAGCAUUGGAGGCUGUGAAAGGCAGACUCAUCUUCCCUGAUGCGGUGCCGGGAGUGAUCAAGGAGCUGGAAAGUCGGUUUGGAAGACCAAGAAAGUUGCUAGAAAACCUGCUACGUAAAGUCCGCGAAACGCCUUCGCCUACAGACAAUCAUUUGGAGAGUUUUAUCACGUUUGGGUUUAAAGUGAAGCAGUUAUGUGACCAUCUGGUAGCAAGCAACAUGACCGACCACCAAAAUAAUCCAUUCCUGGUAGAAGAGCUUAUUGACAAGCUUCCUCCGAGAUGCAAGGUGGAGUGGGUUCGUUUCAAACGUGACAAAGAGGGAAGUGUUAUGGCAAUUUUCGGAGAAUACAUUCAGACAGUGAUCGACGAAGUUUCUGAAGUGACUGAUUGUACACCGGUGAGCAGUCAGAAAGCAGGGAAGUACGAAGCUCUGAAACAACGCUCCAGACCAGUGAAAUCGAAUGCAGUCCAAAUGCGCAACAACGUGCAUGAUUUGGAAAAUAGUGGAGUCAACCAGCUCAAGAUGACCUGUUGGGUGUGCAGCAACACAGGGCAUAGCCUCAAGGAGUGUGACCAGUUUAAGGAGAUGACGCUAGUCGAUCGUUUCAAAACAUUGGAGAAGCUCAAAAUAUCUAGCCCUGGAACUGUCAUCUAUCGCACGAUGCCGAUUACACUAUAUGCGGAACGAAACAGUGUCGAUGUCAUCGCCUUUAUCGACGAAGGGUCGUCGGGAACUUUGCUGGAAGCCGGAGUCGCCAAACGACUGAAUGUUACUGGACCAACGGAACCGCUGGUUAUCUCGUGGACGAACAGCAUCAAGCGUGAAGAACAUGAUUCAAAGAGAUUUUCGUUGAAAACUUCAGCCCAGGGUUCGUCAGAAAGGUGGAAUCUACUGAACGUUAGAACUGUAUCAGAGCUGUUACUGCCUAAGCCAAAAAAGUCAGUAGCUGAAGUAAUCAAGAAAUAUAAACAUCUUUCAGACGUUCCAGUGCUAGACCACCCUAAUGAAGCGCCAUCUAUGAUUAUUGGUCUGGAUAACAUAGAUUUGUUUGCAGCUUUGGAAACUCGAAUCGGCAACCGCGGAGAACCGAUAGCUGUAAGGUCCAAGCUAGGAUGGACGGUGUACGGUGUCGAUGGAUAUCGUAAGGUGUAUAACGUUCCCGUAAAUAUGCACCAGAUCCAGUCUUUGGACAACAGACAGCUGCACGACAUGAUGAAACAACAAUACCAGCUGGAAGAGCUUCGCAGCGAUAACUACAACCCGCCAAUAGCGAACGAAGAACAACGAGCUAGAGAUAUCCUAGAGAAAACCACGUGUCGAGUAGGAGAUCGGUUUCAAACGGGACUGUUGUGGCGUGAUGAUGUUCGAGAACUUCCCGAAAGCUACCCCAUGGCGGAGAAGAGAAUGCUACAACUGUCCAGAAAGCUCAGUAAGAAACCGGAUCUGAACACUGCGGUAUGUCGGAUGAUACAAGAGUAUCAAGACAAAGGAUAUGCUCACGAGCUAGCGGAGUCGGAGUUAGUCGAAGGCGCCUAUGAACCGGUAUGGUAUUUACCAUUGAACGUGGUACAACAUGCAAAGAAGCCAGACAAGAUAAGACUUGUUUGGGAUGCUGCAGCAUCAGUAGAUGGAGUAUCUUUAAACUCUCUACUGCUUAAAGGACCGGACAUGUUGGUCCCGCUUCCGAAGAUCAUCUGUAAAUUCCGUGAGAAACCCAUCGCGUUUGGAGGGGACAUCAAGGAGAUGUUCCAUCAGCUACGGAUUUGUGAGAAAGACAAACAUGCUCAUCGAUUUCUAUUUGGAACAAAGCCCUGCGGAGCACCUCGUGUGUACGUGAUGGACGUUGCGACCUUUGGUGCUACCUGCUCGCCCUGCUCAGCACAGUACGUGAAGAACCUGAAUGCUCGGGAGUUCGCCGAACAGUUUCCCGGAGCAGCGUCAGCAAUCAUCGGGAAUCAUUACGUGGAUGAUUAUUACGACAGUGCAGACAGCGUUGGCGAAGCGGUUGAGUUGGCGAAGGAUGUGAGAUACCACGAUGUUAUUUCGGAGACUCAAGAUCCCAAGACGUAUCAGACAUCCAGCUUCAUGUCUUCACAGAUGCCAGCGAGACGGCCUUUGGAUGCGUGGCUUACCUAA